GGAGAGGUUCAUUUCGGCCAAUCCAGUCCUCACUGACUAAAGCUGCUGUUUCUCGUCCAAUUGUGCCCAAAGUUCUUCCAACACAGGCUACCAGCCAUCUGUCUAGUGCUAUUGACUUGGCAGCUAAAAGUGCUGGUAUUAUCCCUGGUAGCCCUAUGCCUGUCCUGGAUGCCGAUGGUUUGUCAGGUGUGUCUCCGUUGUCACCAGACAGAGUGACCACAAUGGUAACAGGGCGGGAGUCAACAGCAGCGCAUCAGAAUGGAGGCUCCAUCACCACUGUAGAGGGCUCAGGCCCUGGGUGUCGGGUUCCAUUCAUCAGCCUACCAACACGGCAUGAGCAGGAGGCAGUUCCUGACGGUUUCCAGAGCACGUCCGUCCUUUCUCUGUCAGAACUGUCCAAGACUCCCCUCCAAAAUGGUCUUUGCACCCCUCCACUUCCUUCAUCAGAGGCUUCCAGUACCCGGCUCUCCCCUCCCAAUGUUUCUGCUCUCUUGGACAUUUCUCUGCCUGGACCACCUGAAGAUGUGCUUUCUCAAGGAGAACCUGCCACUCAAAUCAGCGAUUCUAUCAUUGAAAUAGCUAUCAGCUCUGGUCAAUACAAUGAAGGUGUUUCUCUCUCUCCUGCAAAGCUGAAUGGCAGUGACAGCUCCAAAAGUCUUCCGUCCCCAUCCAGUAGUCCUCAACAGAACUGGAUUGCCUCUCCCAGCCACGAUCCCCAGUGGUACCCCAAUGACUCCACAGACUCGUCUCUCAGUAGCUUGUUUUGUAAGU